AUGGCGCGCGCUCUCGUGUGCGCCCUGGCGGUUGCCGCCGUGGCGCCUGGCGCCAGUGGAUUCGGUUUCACAGCCCAGCCCACGCUGCACCUUCCCUCGGCCGCGUUGGCCACUCGUACUGUGGCGUCGCAGCCCAGAGGACACUUCGUCCAGGGGAGCUCGAGGACCCGCCUCGUCAGCUCCGCGCCCCUCGUGUCCACGCUGCUCGCCGCGGCUCUGGCGCUCGCGGCGCGCGGCCGCUCGAAGGUGACCCUGCAGGGCAUCAACUCGUCCCUGUCGGUCCGGGACCACCUGACGGCGAACAACAUCAAGAGGAUCAUGUCCCCGAACAUGGCCGUCAGGCAGUGGGCUCCGGUCAAGAUCCCGGCGCACAAGAGGCGCAAGCCGGAGGACCGCAUCCGCCUCGAGCUGUUCUCGAACGAGCCCCAUCAGCUCCUCGAGACCCUGGAGACCCUGCAGGACUACGUCGCAGAGAACGGCGGUGACCUCGAGGGCCCCAUUGUCCAGCAACCCAAGAGGUACCACGUCUACGCCAACAAGUCCCCCAACGGCCACAGCAAGUCGAAGUACAAGAUCGACCACUGGGAGUUUUACUGGCUCGUCGACCUCUACCCGCCAGAGAAGGGUGGCCUGGGUGCCGUGAUGAAGCUGCGAUUGCCGCACCGAUGCAGGGUGCGCAUCCUGUGA